AUGACCGGUUCCGCCACCCCCUCGCCCGGCACGCAUCCCGGCAUGCCACCGGGGACUUCGACGGCGGCAGCGGCGGCAGCCGCCGCUCACUACCAAGCCCUGGCCAACAGCAACCCCGUCAACGGGGGGGCCAGCCUGUCGCAGUCCUUCCAGCAAUUGCACGCGCAUGCGCACUCUCCGAACCCGCUCACGGCCUCGGCCACGGCGGCCGCCGCCGCGGCCAUGCACAUGUCCGGUGUCCCCUUCGGCGGGCACCCGCCGGCUCACUAUUCGCACCUGGCGGCCGCGCAUCAGGCACAGACCGCCGCGGCCGCGGCCGCGGCCGCAGCCGCCGCCAGCGGCUCCCCCUCCAGCAGCCACAUGUACACGCACCAGGCGAUGGCUGCCCUGUCGGCUGCCAUGGCGGCGCAGUCGACCGCCGCCGGGCUCCUUUCCACCCAUGCGGCAGCCAACACCUUCCCCGGGUCGGUGCUGGCGUCGUCCCUCCUCCCGCCGAUGGCCAUGCACGCGUUUGCCGGUGCACCGGCCGGUGUCGGCGGGACGGCCCCUUCGCCGAGCUCAACCCCGGCCGGCGGUGCCACCACCACCACCGCCGCCACCACCACCACCACCUCGGGGACCAGCACCACCGUGGCGAGCCCGAUGGCCGGCCUGAGCAGUGGGCUUUCCCUGCCGGGCGGGACGCUGCACCACGCCGGGCAGAGCCCGGCACAUGGGGACUUGGCGGCGGCGGCCGCGGCCGCGGCGGCCGCUUCGCAUGCUGCCUCCCUGGCCGCGGCCGGGUCCUCGCCUCUGGGAUCUGCGGCAUCGGCCACGGCCGCCAUGCACCACGCGGCGCAGGCCUUCUCGCACCUUUCCUUCCCCCAUGGCGGUGCUGCUGGCGGUGGCUCCACCGGGGCAUACCAUCACCCGACCCAUCAUGCGACUCCGCACCACACGGCGCACCAUCUCCCGCAAUCGAUGUCCACCGGGGCCGGGGCGCACAUUUCGCCGGGGCUCUCUCAUGCUGGCGGCAUGUCCAACACCGGCAUGGCCUCCAUUCCCCUGGGUAAUUUGAGCUUGCCGCCGGCGUCCGGCCCCGUUUCCGGGGGGAUGUCCUCCCUCGGGGCUGGCAUCGGGCAUGAUCCCCUCCGCCUGGAGCACCACACAGCAGGGCACCAUGUCACCGCGGGGCACCAUGUUACCCACCACCAUGGGCAGGGUGUGUCGGCGGCGGCGGUGGCAGCGGCGGCGGCGGCGGCGGCAGCCGCGGCCGCCGCGGCCUCCGGACCGACCGGCACCCCGGCCCGCAAGAAGCGCGCCAACCACAAUGAGCUGGAGCGUCGCCGGCGCCUGGCCCAGAAGUCCAUCGUGCAUCAGCUUCGUGAUUUGAUCCCGAACCUGGCCGAUCAGAAGCCCUCCACGGUGCAGGUCCUCACCAAGGCCAAGGAGUUCAUCACCCUGCUGGAGUUGGCCGCUCGUCGAGCCGAUGUGGAGGUCCGCGCCGCCAUCGCCGGGUCCGGGCCCGUGCCGGAGGUGGUCGGCAUGCACUCCUCUUCGGUCACCUCCCCGGAGGAUCCGGUGUUGGAUGUGGCCCCGCCCCCGGGGACCGGCGGCACGGAGGAUGGCCUCGAUUCGGCGGACACCGACACCUCGCUCAAUGGCGAAGAUGGGUCCUCCCCGGGGCCGGCAUCUACCGCAACCCCGGCCCCCGCCUCCGGGUCCAGCUCCAUCGUCCCGGCCCCGCAGGACCGCCUGCCAGAGCAGGAAAUCCUCACCAAGCAAUUGGCCUCGUUCCGUCGCGCCAAUGAUGAGCUCCGGAAUCGCAUUGGUGAUUUGAACCGCGCCCUCAAAAACCAGGACGGCGGUGAUGGCGACAGUGAUAAUGACACCGACGACGGUGGUGCCGGACAUGAUGGCGAGGAUGGCAAGUUCCAUGACGGCGCCGGCCAUGACAGCCUCAGCAGCAAUCACCUGGUGGCGGUAGCCUUCGCCGGGGCCACCAACGUCGGUUAUGGUGACGGCCCCUUCACCGGGCCGGCCCAGGAUCGGGCUGUCGACCCGUCGCUCCUUUCGGGCCUCGGCGGGUCGCGGGCUCCCUCGCCGGUGUGUGGCGCCUCCCCCAGCGGCACGACCCCGGAGCCGGGGACCGGCUCACACCUCGGCAGUGGUAGCCCCUCGCCCGGGCCGGCGGCCGAGGGCGGUGCCUUUGACGAGGGCCCGGCCCGUGGCGGGCGCCCCGGGGCCAAGAAGGCCCGACUGGGGGCCGGCGGCCGGCGACUUGCUGCCGGGAAGCCGGGUGGCGGCCGGGCGGCUGCCUUGGCGGCGGCCGCGGCCGCGGCCGCGGCCGGCGGCGUGACCGCCAACUCGCGCCGCCGCGGUUCCAUCGAUGUCCGGUCGUUGGCCGGCUUCGCGGAGCACCACGUCAAUGGCGACGGUGCGGCCACCGGUCACACGUUGCUCGCCUCUUCCGGCCACAUGCUGGCCGGUGUGCCCACCGACCUCGGCGGUGAUCUCCCCGCCCUCGGCUACCUGCCCGGGAGUGCCGGUGCCAAUGGGAUUGGCGACCGGCGCCGGCUCCAUCACCACCACCACCACCUCCAUGACGGUGAGACCGAUCCCGAAGAGGAGGACGGUGAUGGUGAGGAGGGCGAAACCCAUGAGGGGGAGGAUGGGGCCUCAUCAGCCGGUGACCCCUUGAAGGGUGCCUUCUCCUCCGCCAGACGGGGGGGCUACUCGCUGGAAGUUGGCAAGGGCGGCGCCGGAGGCGGCCAUCCCUUUGACGGGCAUUAUUCCACGGAUCUGGUCGCGGCGGCCGGUCACCAUCCGCACGCCGAGGGGAGCGCCGUGCUUCUGGUGCACGGUGUUGCCGGUACCUCCGCCUAUGAGCCCCUCACAUCCUCCAGCAUGGAGCAGCCUACCGGGGCCCUGGACCUGGAUGGCGACACCGAUGACAGUGACAUCGAAGUGGAUGUCAUGGGGUGA